AUGAUUACAGCUGUAAACAAAAUCAAAGCUCACCCAUCGAAUUCGCGACUUUCCAAACAGUUGUGUUCUGAAAAUGACAAAGAAUUUGAGAGGCUCCUACUGCACACAGGGGUGCUAUGGCUUUCUAAAGGAAACUGCUUUGCCCACCUUUUUAUACUCUUUACCCGUGUUGUUAAUUUCUUACAGACAGUGGAUUUGUUCCUAGCGGAACAACUUGCAGCCAUCAAGCUCCAUGUUGCCUACUUGGCUGACAUUCUCGUCAAGUUCAACAACCUGAACCUUCAACUGCAAGGUGAUGAAACCAACCUUGUCAAAUUCAAGUCCACCGUCUCUGGUUUCAUCAUGAAACUGCCCUUUUACCAGCGAAAUAUUCAAUACAAAGUCUUCAGUCAAUUUCCAAUCCUUAAAGAACUGGAAGAAUGCUCAUCUAAUGACACCCUUCUCUUUUCACAGAACAUCUCAAGAGCUUCAAAGCUGACAUAA